UGGAUAAACCAAUUCUCAAAUCCCAUAAUUUGGAGUUUGGACACAAAAUUCACAAUUUUUUAAAGUUGUCAGACUUGUAACAUUUUCAGACAACUCAUAUAAUGACACUAUUGUACUAGUAUUCCUUUCUUGUUUUUCACCACUCCUUUGUCUCAUAAUUACUCAUUUUAUCCAUUAAAUCAAGAUUUUGACAGAAAAACUGAAAAAAGAUUCAAUCUUUGAACAAUUUUUGUUAAGAGGAAAAAGAAAGAAGAUGAGGGGUUUCACAUAUUUAAGCAAAGUUCUUCAUAGCCAUUCUUCUUAUUCUAAACUUUUGGUUCUCUGUUCUGUCAGUACUGGAGGUCUAUUGGUAUAUGCGGAAUCAAAUGUAGAGAGUGGAAAACAAGUUGUUGAACAGAAUCAACCAGAGUCUAAGAAGAAGAGAGUAGUGGUGCUUGGAACAGGAUGGGGUGGUACCAGCUUCCUAAAAGAUGUUGAUAUUUCUUCAUAUGAUGUUCAAGUGGUUUCGCCGCGGAACUAUUUUGCAUUUACACCAUUGUUACCUAGUGUCACAUGUGGGACAGUUGAGGCACGAAGCAUAGUAGAGCCGGUUCGGAACAUAAUAAAGAAGAGAAGUGGAGAAAUUCAAUUCUGGGAAGCAGAAUGUCUGAAGAUUGAUCCAGAAAACCGCACAGUAUCUUGCCGUUCUGGUAUCAAUGAUAAUUUGGCAGGACAUAAUGAUUUCUCCCUACAAUAUGACUAUUUGGUUAUCGCAGUAGGAGCUCAAGUAAAUACUUUUAACACACCAGGUGUUAUGGAACAUUGCCACUUUCUGAAGGAAGUUGAAGAUGCUCAAAGGAUACGGAGGACAGUAAUAGAUUGUUUUGAAAAAUCUGUCAUUCCUGGCCUAAGUGAAGAAGAGCGAAGGACCAACCUCCAUUUUGUUAUAGUUGGCGGGGGUCCAACUGGAGUGGAAUUUGCUGCUGAGCUACAUGACUAUGUUUAUGAGGAUUUGGUUAAAAUAUAUCCUUCAGUUAAGGAUUUUGUGAAGAUAACGGUUAUCCAGUCCGGAGAUCAUAUCCUGAACACAUUUGAUGAAAGAAUAAGCUCAUUUGCUGAACAGAAAUUUCAAAGAGAUGGAAUUGAGGUUUCGACAGGUUGCCGUGUCACUAGUGUCUCUGAUCAUUUCAUCAACAUGAAAGUAAAAUCUACAGGAAAACACGUUGAAGUACCCUACGGGAUGGUUGUAUGGUCAACUGGAGUAGGUACCCGCCCAUUUGUGAAGGAUUUCAUGGAACAAGUUGGCCAGGAAAAAAGGCGUAUUCUAGCAACUGAUGAAUGGUUGCGAGUGAAGGGCUGUAGUAACGUGUACGCACUAGGUGAUUGUGCAUCUAUAGAUCAACGUAAAGUAAUGGAAGAUAUUUCAACCAUUUUUAAAGCUGCGGAUAAGGAUGAUUCUGGAACGUUAAGCGUCGAGGAAUUCCGAGAUGUUUUGGAAGACAUAAUUAUCCGUUAUCCUCAAGUGGACUUAUAUCUGAAGAACAAACAUUUGUUAGAGGCGAAAGACUUAUUCAGGGAUUCAGAGGGAAAUGAAAGAGAGGAGGUAGAUAUUGAAGGUUUUAAGUUGGUCCUUUCUCAUGUAGAUUCUCAGAUGAAAAGUCUACCUGCCACUGCUCAGGUUGCUGCUCAACAAGGUACAUAUCUUGCUAGAUGCUUAAACCGCUGGGAUCAAUGCAAAAGUAAUCCUGAAGGACCUCGCCGUUUUAAAAGCUCUGGACGUCAUGAAUUUCUUCCCUUCGAGUAUCGCCAUUUAGGGCAAUUCGCUCCUUUAGGUGGAGAUCAAGCAGCAGCAGAACUUCCCGGGGACUGGGUUUCUAUGGGCCAUAGCACACAGUGGCUAUGGUACUCUGUGUAUGCAAGCAAGUAAGUUAGCUGGCGCACGAGGUACUUAGUGGUUGGUGAUUGGGUAAGAAGAUACAUUUUCGGAAGAGAUUCAAGCCGGAUUUGAUGAGUUCAACUCCACAUAGAAGGUGGUGCGUGUUCUUCACUGUUUUGCUUGGCAUGCUUGGGUUGUUAUGUUUAUGCUUGUAUCCGGUUACAUGCCAUUGUAUUUGUAUCUAUUUCCCAUGAUCAGUUUCUGGAGAAAUACACUUUGAAUCUUGCAAAUUUGAAUGUAUAAACUUGUUCUUUAGCAAGUGACUGAGAUUGUUAAUUAGAUUGUUAAGUUAUCUCC